AUGAGGCCAUCAUCGGCUCUGGUUGUCCUGUUGGUAGCAGUGUCAUUGGAAGGAAAAGUUAUUGGUGUAAAUGAGUUGAGGUUGGCUCUGAUGGAUUUCGUGGUGCCUGAAUGGAUGAUACCUAUCUUCAUAUGCAUAGCACAACAUGAGUCAAAGUUCAAUACAUCUUUCGAAAGUCUUGAUGGAAGAAAACAUGGGAUUUUUGGUAUACAAAAUCGACUUUGGUGUUCUCCUCCAGGUAUUGGAUGUGGUAUAACUUGUGAUUCUUUGAGGAACGAAGAUCUUGGAAAUGAUGUUCGAUGCGCUUUGCAAGUGUUUCUUGAGACUGACAGGUUCUUGGGACAAGGAUGGAAAGCUUGGGACACCUACAAAUUUUGUCAUCUAUAA